AUGAACGGUUUUCUAAAUCGACCGGUGUCGUCCGCCGCCCGAAUAGCCUUCUUUUAUUAUUCUUUAUCAUCCACUGUUUUUACCUUAACUUUAUUUUCUGGUAAUAUUUUGGGCUACACAUCGGAACUAUGGGCGUUAAAGUAUUGGGGACCGGGACUGUACUUCUGCUUACUGAAUUUCAUUCUACGGUAUUCGUUAAAGGGCUUCUCGUAUGAAAUCGCGAUCAGAUCAGCAUUUCUGGGAUCAGUCCUAGCAUUAGGAUUAUAUUUAACCUCGUUUGACGCAGUAUGGCGAGCCUUCGGCCUUUAUAUUAUGGCGCUUUCCAUUUUUCACUUCUCGGAGUUCUUUGCCGUUGCUGUGACGAAUCGACAAACGUUGACUAUAGAUUCAUUUAUAUUGAAUCACAGCAUUCAGUAUUGGGUUGCAGCUGUAGCUAGCUGGAUUGAAAUGGCCAUUGAGAGUUAUUUUUUCCCUUGUCUAAAAUCGGCACAGUGGAUUACAGUUCUGGGAGUUGCAAUGUGCAUCAGCGGAGAGGUAUGGCGAAAGAUGGCAAUGUUUACAGCUAAGACAAACUUUAACCAUCAUGUCCAAACAGUUAAGAAAGCAGACCACCAGCUUGUCACAAAUGGAGUCUAUUCAUUUUGUCGCCACCCAAGUUAUAUGGGAUGGUUCUAUUGGUCUAUCGGGACACAGAUGAUUCUAAUAAACCCAGUGUGCAUGGUAAUUUAUACUCUAGUCUCGUGGUCGUUCUUCCAAGAGCGAAUCUUCGCUGAAGAGAUGUUUCUGGUGUCCUUUUUCGGGAAUCAGUACCUUGAAUACCAGAAGAAGGUCGGUACUGGUAUUCCGUUCAUUCGUGGGUAUUGCCCUGCAGAUGGAUGGUGA